AUGGACAAAAUCGGCCGUCUACUUUCCAAUGUGCUCAACACUGCCUCGCAGCUACUGCGGGGCCACGCAAAUGACCAUAUACACCUGCAUCGGGACCAUCCCUCCAAACGAGAUCUAGCCGAUGGCAAUAUGAGUCUCCAAGCUGCCCGAGGCCUCUUCAACAGCACCAAACCCGCUGUCACGAUGUCCAACCUGGUGGUGGCCGGUGGUAAUCCGCCCGCCGCCGCCCCAUUCUACACCGGCUUAAACGGAGUCAAUCUGGAGAUGGAUGCUCAAUUGGUCAAGAUGCUCUGGCUUUCAAUCAUCGUGGCACUCACACUUGUGUUUGCGUUGCGACUGUCACAGUUGUUUGUGUCUUACAUCCGGACCAUCUACUGCAUGACGACCGAGAAGCCCUCUCAACAAAACUAUUACGGCGUGGAUCACUUCCGCAUCUGGAGUUGGCUGAAGAAGCAUAUCAUCUAUGCUCCCCUCUGGAAGAAAAGACACAAUCGCGAGUUCCAGCUCUCCGGUGCGGUUAACUAUGGCACCCUGCCCAGCCGCAUUCACUCACUGCUCCUCAUCGUUUAUGCCAUCACCAAUGUGAUUUACUGCUUGCUCCUCGACUGGAGCAAUCCACAGAAGGGGGCGCUGUACGCCGAGCUGCGUGGACGGAGCGGCAUCUUGGCCACGGUCAACCUGAUCCCUCUGGUUGUGCUCGCCGGCAGGAACAACAUCGCCAUCCCGCUCCUGAGGGUCAGCUUCGACACAUUCAAUCUCUUCCAUCGCUGGAUCGGCAGGCUGGUGGCUGCCUUGUCGGCCAUCCAUUUCUUCGCGUGGCUUGCUGCGUAUAAGUUGGCCAAGGGAGAUCAAGCAACGAUCAGAAUCUUCCAUGAUGCUCCUUUCCUCGACUACGGCCUUCUCGGAUUGAUUGCGAUCGUCUUGUUGCCGUUACAUUCGUUGUCGCCCAUUCGACAUGCCUUUUACGAAACAUUCCUCCACCUUCAUCAAAGCCUGGCAUUUUUGGCCCUACUCGGUAUCUACGUCCAUCUGGACAUUAUGCACCUACCGGCCUACCCUUCGAUCUUGACGGCGGUCUUGCUUUGGUCGGCCGAGAGACUCUGGCGGCUGUGCAGCAUCGCAUACCUCAACUACUCUCGGUCAGGCGGCGCUACAACGGCGCAUAUUGAAGCACUGCCGGGCGGCGCUUGCCGUGUCACCUUCCAAUUGCCGCGGCGCAUCACCAUCCGACCCGGCAGUCACAUGUAUGCAUAUCUCCCCUCGAUCUCGUUGUGGAUGUCGCAUCCCUUCUCGGUGGCGUGGACGAAUGUGGAGUCGGAACCUCCCGUCUGUGGCCACAAUAUUGAACUGCAGAGACCCUCGUCCCCCAAUUCUCUGGAAAGACAAUCAGUCUUCCACUCACUGUCUAAAGCACCCACGACCGUCUCGCUGGUCAUGGCGCAACGCACGGGCAUGACGAGACAACUCUAUGAGAAGGCGCGCUCUGCUCCUGGCUGCAAGCUUGAACUCCGAGGGUUUCUCGAAGGCCCUUAUGCCGGGCACGACUCUCUUGUCAGUUACGGGACGGUUGUCAUGUUUGCCGGGGGCGCUGGCAUCACCCACCAUCUCAUCCAAAUCCGACACCUCCUUGCAGGCGCCCGGUCGCAGACGGUGGCCACCCGCAAGAUUGUGCUCGUCUGGUCCAUCCGCGACACGGAGUGCAUGGAGUGGGUAAAGCCGUGGAUGAACGAGAUUUUGCACAUGGAGGGCCGGCGAGAAGUUCUCAUGAUCCGAGUGCAUGUGAGCAAGCCGACGAGGGCCAUCAAUCACAGCAAGAGCAAACCCACGAUGCAGAUUGUCCAAGGCCGCGUUGAUCCCGGCGCAGUAUUAGACGAGGUGAUUCCGGUGCGAGUCGGUGCUGUCAUGGUUAGUGUCUGUGGGCCGGGUGCAUUGGCAGACGAGGUGCGAGCGGCGGUGAGGGGCAGGAUACAUCAGGGCAAUUUGGAGUUGAAUGAGGAAAGCUUUACGUGGUAG